CAGGAGUAUCAGCAAAACAAGCUCAAUGGCAUAUCAGACUCGGAGCCUAAGCAGAACAAGAUGCGGCAAAUACUGACACAGGUCCACCAGAGGACUCAGCAGAUGAAGCGCAUGCAAGCAAUGCAGCGGCAGCAGCAGGCCGCUCAGCAGCAAAAUGGCAUCCCGGACUUCCAAACGCAACCUUCCGCGGCGACAUCGAAUGGUACACCUCAAGCUACCUCCCAGCAGCUACCAGCGACGGCUCUCCCAACCGCGCAGCCCACUCAUAUGGAUGGCUCCAGUGAGGUGUCAUUCUCUAGGGAGCAGCAAAUGACCCUCCGUGCCCAAAUGCAAGCAUUCGGCGCGCUGCAGAAGAACCGACCGAUCCCAAACGAGAUCGCAGACAGGAUAUUCCCAUCCAGAUCGGACAAGAAAGGUCCAUCUCUCGCGGACAAUAUUGCCACGGCUGGCAAGAUGCUGGACGAGGCCACUGGAGACCUCUCAGGCAAAACUGGAGACAGCCAAGAUGACGGACGACCGCGACAUCGAUUCGAGACAUACACUGAGCCCCAUGGCUUCCUGCUGAAGAACAUCAGCUUCAACGACCACCUCCAUCGUUCCUAUCGACCCAUGAUUCCGGCCAUCAUGCCACUUGGGAUCGAUCCAGAGCGUGUGCGAGAGGAGCGAGAGAACAUUGUAUACAAUCGUAUCCUCACGCGGAAAGAAGAGCUGCUAAAUUUACCUGCCAAUAUCGGUGCAUGGGAUGUCGGCAAAUCCGAAGUUCCAGAGGACAACGCAAACGUCAAGCUCCGCGCUUUGAUUGAGCUCAAGUCGUUGUCGCUGCUAGCGAAGCAGAAGGAAAUGCGACAGAGAGUUGGCAGGGAGAUGAUGCUCUCGGACAAUCUUUCCAUGACCGCAAAUCGGUCCUCGUACAGGAGACUGAAAAAGCAGUCGCUGAGAGAAGCUCGCAUUACGGAGAAACUGGAGAAACAGCAGCGCGAUGCUGCCGAGAACAAGGAAAAGAAGAAGCACGACGAAUAUAUGCACUCCAUCCGCGUGCACGCCGAUGCUAUCAAGAACAACGCAAUGGCUCAUAGGCAGCGCGUUCAGAAGCUUGGUCGCAUGAUGGCAGCCGCGCAUGUCACCAUCGAGAAGGACGAGCAGAAGCGUAUCGAGCGUACGGCGAAGCAACGUCUCCAAGCGUUGAAGGCCAACGAUGAAGAGACAUACCUCAAACUGCUCGGCCAAGCGAAGGAUUCUCGUAUCUCACACUUGUUGAAGCAGACGGAUGGCUUUUUGAACCAGCUUGCCGCAUCUGUCAAGGCACAACAGCGGAGCAACCACGCACGCUACGGUGGAGACGUGCCUGAUGAGGCGGAUCCUGUGGACACCGGCGAAGUAGACAGCGAGGACGAAACUAAGCCCAAGGUCGACUACUACGAAGUCGCUCAUCGCAUCAAGGAAGAGGUCACUGGCCAAUCUUCGAAUCUCGUCGGCGGUCAACUGAAAGAGUACCAGAUCAAGGGUCUUCAAUGGAUGAUUUCGCUUUACAACAACAACCUGAACGGAAUCUUGGCCGAUGAGAUGGGGUUGGGCAAGACCAUUCAAACCAUCUCGCUCAUCACUUAUCUCAUCGAGAAGAAGAAGCAGCAUGGUCCAUACCUGGUCAUCGUGCCGCUCAGCACACUUACCAACUGGAACAGCGAAUUUGAGCGAUGGGCGCCCAGUGUGUCUCGAAUCGUGUACAAGGGCCCUCCGAACCAGCGCAAAACUCAACAACAACAGAUCCGAUAUGGCAACUUCCAGGUCUUGCUCACAACGUACGAGUUCAUCAUUAAAGAUCGUCCGAUCUUGAGCAAAGUCAAGUGGCUGCACAUGAUUGUCGACGAAGGUCACCGCAUGAAGAAUGCCAACUCGAAGCUCAGCAAUACCAUCACGAACUACUACCACACUCGCUACCGUUUGAUCUUGACCGGAACACCCCUCCAAAACAAUCUCACUGAGCUCUGGUCGAUGUUGAAUUUCGUCCUGCCGACCAUCUUCAAGUCUGCAACGUCAUUCGACGAGUGGUUCAAUACUCCCUUUGCAAACACUGGCGGCCAGGAUAAGAUGGACCUCACCGAAGAGGAGAAACUUCUCGUUAUUCGUCGCCUGCACAAGGUGCUUCGUCCUUUCUUGCUCCGUCGUCUCAAGAAAGACGUCGAGAAGGAUUUGCCUGACAAGCAGGAGCGUGUCAUCAAGUGCAAUCUCUCUGCACUACAGGCCAAGCUUUACAAGCAGCUCAUGCUCCACAACCGCAUCAACGUUAUGGGCGCUGAUGGCAAGAAGACGGGCAUGCGCGGCUUAAGCAACAUGCUGAUGCAAUUACGAAAGCUAUGCAAUCAUCCCUUUGUGUUUGAGGAAGUCGAGGACCAGAUGAACCCGAGCAAGAUGACCAAUGAUCUGAUUUGGCGAACUGCCGGAAAGUUUGAACUUCUGGACCGCGUGCUGCCAAAGUUCUUCGCGACAGGUCACAGAGUGCUCAUGUUCUUCCAGAUGACACAAAUUAUGAAUAUCAUGGAGGACUUCCUUCGCUUCAGAGGUAUCAAAUAUCUGCGUCUUGAUGGUGGUACAAAGGCAGACGAUCGGUCCGAGCUUCUGAAGUUGUUCAACGCACCGGGCUCGGAGUACGACAUUUUUUUGCUCUCGACGCGUGCAGGAGGUCUUGGUCUGAACUUGCAAACAGCCGACACGGUCAUCAUCUACGACUCCGAUUGGAAUCCGCAUCAAGAUUUGCAAGCGCAGGAUCGUGCCCAUCGUAUUGGCCAGAAGAACGAGGUGCGCAUCUUGCGACUCAUCACCACGAAUUCCGUGGAGGAGAAGAUUCUCGAGCGUGCUCAGUACAAGCUGGAUAUGGAUGGCAAGGUCAUUCAAGCAGGUAAAUUCGACAACAAGUCCACCAACGAGGAGCGUGACGAAAUGCUGCGAGUCAUGCUUGAGUCCGCCGAGGCUGUCGAAAGCUUGGAGCAGGAUGAGAUGGAGGACGAUGACCUCAACAUGAUCAUGAUGCGUCACGAUCACGAGCUGCCAAUCUUCCAGAAGUUGGAUGCGGAGCGCGCAAAGAAUACACCUUACGGUCUGGACAAGAAACUGCCGCGUCUCAUGGGAGAGAGCGAGCUUCCAGAGAUCUACGUGAACGAGGACAAUCCCGUUGUUGAGGACGUGGAAGCUAUAUACGGCCGUGGCACUCGUGAACGUGGCAAGGUUAAGUACGAUGACGGUCUCACGGAAGAACAAUGGCUCGACGCUGUGGAUGCCGACGAUGACACGAUUGAGGACGCGAUCGCACGGAAGCAAGCUAGAAUUGCGAGACGCAAUGCGAAGAAGGGCGACGACUCUGAUGGCGAGACACCGCCCCCAGCGAUCGAGAGUGAGGAAGAGCUUCCACAACCCAAGAAGCGUGGUCGCAAACCUGGCCGACCUGAGAAACGCAAAGCAGAUGAGGCCUCGCUCGAGCGUCCAGAACCGCCGAAGAAGUCGCGCGGACGCGGCAACAAGGUCGUCGAAACGCUCUCCAAGGAGGACCGCGGAACUCUGCAGACUAUCCUCGACAACGUUCACGAUUCGCUCCAGGAUCUGGAAGAGGAGUCUACCGAGCCCGGCGUUCCCAACCGGGGCAUUAUUGAUCCGUUCCUGGAUCUGCCUCCGAAAUUGGACUACCCUGACUACUACCAGCUGAUCAAGAAUCCGAUUUGCAUGAAGCAGAUCGAAACAAAGAUCAACAAGAAGCAGUAUCAGAACCUCAAGCAGUUCCGCUCGGACGUCUCGCUUCUAUGCAGCAAUUGUCGGCAAUACAACGAGGACGGCAGUAUACUCUACCAGGACGCGAACACGAUCGAGGCGGCUUGCAUGAAGAAACUUCAAGAAGAAAUGGCCAAUCACCCAGGCUCAGAGGAUUUGGAAGAGGGCUCAGUCGCCGAUGGAAUUUCAACACGACCAAUGUCUACGGUCGGCACGCCACAGCCAGCAAGAUCCGGCAUCAAGCUGAAGCUUGGAAAUGGUGGGCGAGCCAACGGAAAUUCGUCGCGAGGCGGCACAGAAAGCGCGGCUCAGAGCGACAGCGAUUAGGAGGGCUCUUGUUUGACGUCGCGACGCGGGACUAAGAGCACAGCUCAGAGC